CGCGCUUCGGUAAAAGUCCUCUACGCUUCUCACUACGCUAGUAGCACCUAUAAAAACUCCCAGGGUCUUCUUUAUAAGCCAUUUUGAAGACAAAAUAAGCCCAUUGAAAUCGAAAUCGAUCGAUAGAGAGGUUAUUGGUAAAGCGGAAAACGUAAAAAUUGAAGCGGGAUUAGGCGGGUGGAUCGCGUGCGACGGUUUUAAUCGUGUUUACAUAGUGGAAUAAUCCUCGAAUAAUCUGUUUUCAAACUAAUGCUGGUUUUGGUAAUGCAUGCAAGGAAAUAGGUUAGGUGGAGCUUAAAGGAAAUCAGCUGAAAUCCAUAUAGAAAAUUAACCUCUUAACUGCUGGCUGAGCAAUAAAAAACAACUGUGUUAAUUAUAAAGUUCAAACACAAAAUUUGCCUGAAAAUAAAAUGACUAAUGGCCGCGAAUUGAAAAGUGAUGAUUCAAACACCUUCAUGCAAGGCAUCGCACUCAACACAAUAAUAAAUAAACCCCAGUGCCCAAAGGAUAUAAAAGAAAGCGAAAAAGGAAAAAUACCUGACAAAAAGCGGAGUAGACAUGACCGAUAUGGACUGCAAAGAAGAUGUUGUACCAUCGUAUGUCUUGUAAUGGCUGCAGUUCUAUUCAUUUUAGGAUUGCUUACCUUACGGUUCACAUUUUUCGAUAUAAUUAUGUAUGGCCGACUUUACAUGACUCCUGGAUUUCCACCGUAUGAACUGUGGAAAAACCCUCAACCUGAAGUAUUCUGCCGGAUUUAUGUUUUCACUGUGUUAAAUGGUGAAAGCUUUCUCAACAAAACCGACAGUAAGUUAAAAUUGAAGGAAUUCGGACCAAUUAUUUACAGGGAGAAACUAGAACACUUGGACGUAGUGUUCCAUGAAAACUCUACCAUGAGUUAUACAGUGCGACGAACUCUAGAAUUCGCUACCGAUCUCAAUGAGCCCGGUAUUCUGAACAAGACAAUAACCGUUCCGAAUAUCGUUCUCUUGGGAAUGGCGGCUACUUUGGCAGAUUAUUCCUUCACUUUCAAGUUCGCUUUCCGCUUGAUGAGUCGUCACGAUCAAGUAUUUGUCAAUACGACUGUGUAUAAUUACUUGUGGAACUUCACGUCGCCAGCAUUCGAUUCAGCACAGAAAAUCGUCCCCUUUAUGAUACAUCAAGACAACGGAGGGGUCAUAUACAAUGUGUACAAAAAUUUCAAUGAUCGGGUCAACGUUCGAAUAGGACCUCAAAGUGGUUACAGUGACUUUUUCAAAAUCCAAACGUUCAACGGAAAGCCAACCGUGCCUGGUUAUGAGCCAGAGGAAGGAGAUUGCUUCGCUUCUUUGCAAAAUUCUUCAGAAGGAGCUUUAUAUCCAAAUUUCCUCACGAAAAACAUUACUUUAUUAUUUUGGAGGAAAACAGUUUGCCGACCAAUUCCGAUUGUUUUCGAAAAAGAAAUUUGGAAGGGAAGCCUGCUAACUUACAAAUACAUUGCGAAAGAGGACGUAUAUGAUCGAUAUAAGAAUUCCACAGCAGACUGCUUUCGAAUCAGUGGCGAAACAAUAUUGCCGGAUGGGCUGUCGGACAUAUCGAAAUGCUAUAACGGUCUACCAAUUGCAAUUUCUCUACCCCAUUUUUAUGGAAGGAAUGGUUAUUGGAACGACUAUGUGGAAGGUUUCACCCCAAGCAAGGAUAAACAUGGAUCAUUUACAAUUAUAGAGCCUAUCACCGGCGUCCCAGUAGAGCAAAUUGCUCGAUCACAAAGCAACAUGGUACUGCCGAAAUUGGUCAACCUUGGUAAUAAUAUCGACCGCUUGAGCGGAGCUGUGAUUCCUAUGGUUUGGAUGGAAUACCAUCAGGAAAAACUGACAACGAUCAUCACGUGUAUGCUAGUUUUUAUUGUGAACAUACUUCCAAUACUACAAUACUUCAUAUCCGUGUUUAUACUGAUCGGAAGUGGAUUCUACCUCACAACCGGCAUCAAUCGUCUAGAAUUUGAGCGCAAGCUUCGCCAUAUAAAAGAUCCAGUAUCCUGAAAGUCUGUUAUAGUCAUUACUUCUAGGGAUUCAACACUUUAUUUUUUUUAUUGAAUAUAAGCUAAUGUAAGAAAAUUUUUGCUUAUUAGCCAAAAUUUGGGACCAGAACCGUUAAAUGUAACAAAAUGGAAGCGAAAAUUCGUUUUCCAAGGAUUCAUAGUUUAAUUCUUUUCGAAUUUCAAGUAUUUUUAUUGUAUAUCUGCACAUCGUCACCAGUUAGAGAUUUCAUUUACUGGAUAUUAUACUAUAAUUAUAAUAAUCGUUGACGCGACAAUUAAAUUGGAUCUGGGCCUUGAAGUGUGUUAAAGCACUUCAUUCAAGAACAUAACGGUACACUACUACUGAAUCGAUUAAUAUCCGACAUCCAGUCACGAUUACAAAUCUCUCUGCUACCACCAAAAUUUAAAUGACUGAGGUAUCCAGACACCAGCACAAUCUGCCGAUUAAUUUGUUUUUUUUCUUUUUAAAAUUUUGUGUAAAACAAAACCUUAUUAAAGCGAUUUUCUGUCUGUCUGUCACACGCUUUUUGCUCGCAAAGGGUUGUGGCGAUUCACAACAAAUUUAGUAGAAAAUUGGGAACUGUGACUCACGCAUACAAUGAGGUACAUCGUCCUACGUUGAAUUUGAGGGAAGAGUCUUCAUACAUGCGAAAGGAGGUCUACAUUUUUUUCACAGAAUAUGGCCAUGGGGUAUCAAACGAAAGGACUCGAUUAAUACUCUUCGAAAAUGAUCUUAUUUCUGAUAUUAAUUGAUCAAAAUACAUCUUGUUCCGGCAUCUGCACAAAUAAAGCUAAUAAUAGUACAACAUUUUGGAAAAUUAUCUUAACUCCCCUUGGUAGUAGUGUAGGUGGUAAUAUGCGACAUAAUUCCUGAAAAUUUGAACGCAAUCUAACAACUAUUAACAAAGUCAUUGGAAGUCAAACUUUUACAUUUAAAGUAAAUAUAGUGCACUCUAAGACCUUAUGUCGUCAUAAUUAUGUAAAAUGAGCUUUUUAUGUUUCAGCUUUUUUCAUUUAUUUGAAUAUCAGUAUCAAUUACUGGUGACUGACAUGUCUAUAUGUAUGUAUGUGCUAAUAAAAUUUGCGGAUAGUGUACAAUAAAAUGGACAUGUGUGAACGUA